CACAUGAGAUCAACACAAAUCACACCGCAAAUUCCAAAACACAAAAAUAAGCACCAAAUAUUAAUGAAUAAACCAUUCUUCAUCGUAAUUUGUGCAUUUCAGUCCGGUGUGCUGUAAUUGUUUCAGACAAAUUGAUUAAUGUACGCCGGUAUUGUCCAUCUCAACAUGUUGCGUGGAAUCGUUUCCCGCUUGCGACCGAGAAACUAUUCCACUCUUCAAGCUACACCGAAAUCAACCUCGGAAAAUCAACGCUGGCAAGAGAAACGUUUGCAGCAUCGCACAAAAGUUCCACAGCAACCACACGGCAUUCUAUCGGUAACGGCGAGUAACGAGAAAGAACAAACAGCAUCGAUAAGUAUCAAUCAGCAAACGAUUCAACUUCUAGAACGGUUGUCACUCGUAAAUCUGGAUAGCAAGGAGGCGUUAGAUACGUUACAGGAUUCAAUCGAAUUCGCCUCGCGCAUUCUUCCUAUCGACACGAACGGCGUGGAACCGUUGUACUGUGUGCUGGAGCAGGAAAAACUUGCCUUGCGCCCUGAUACGGUUGACGAGGAGAAACUUCAAGCCGAGAUACUGCAAAACGCUAUCCUGGUGGAGGAGGAUUACUUUGUAGCGCCGCCAGGAAACAUUCCGCUCGAUCAAACCGAACGAUCGUAA